UUCUAGCCGAAUAUGCUAACAGUUAGCAGCAUCAAUCUGUAAUUUUUGACAGUCAUUUGUAUGUUAUUUCUAAUCGUGUACUUGUGUGAUUUAUUUGUAAAUGGACGCUGUGCCGUGUGUUCGUGUGUCCCGGUGUCACGCACAACAGUUCAGGAAAAGUCUAGAGUCUCAAGGUGUUCUGGACUGCAGUUUGGGUUUACUGAAGGACUCUGACAAGACAGUCCUUCUGCCCAUUCUACCAUCCUGUGUGUCGCAACUUGAUUUGCAGAGUCUCAAAACCAGUUCAUCUAAUACCUGUGAAGUUGUGUGGAGUCGGGAGCUUUGGCCUUCAAAGAAGGAGCGGGGAAAGACAAGUCAUUGUAAACUAGAGAAAAUUCUCCGGGAGCUGUUAGAAUGUCACGGAGAAAAAUGGAGCGAGGAAGUGAGGCGAGAUAUUCCUCGUAACUUCCAGCGGCACGGGGACCUAGUCCUUCUAGGAGACCGCUCCUUCUCCUUGCCACUCUGGAAGAAAAUGGAUCAAGAGCUAUGGAGUGCAGUGGCCAGCGGACUGGGGGCAAAGCGAGUGGCAAAGAUGAGUCGAGUGUCCAGUGACAGAUUUAGGUCUCCUGUGGUGGCAGUGUUGUUAGGAGACCACAGCUGGGUCAAACAUGUGGACAAUGGAAUUAGCUAUGAGUUUGAUGUUACCAAAUCCAUGUUUUCCGCUGGAAAUAUAACGGAGAAGCUGCGGAUUGCUGAGUUCAACUGCAGAGAAGAGACUGUGGUGGAUUUAUACGCAGGUAUUGGAUACUUCACCCUCCCAUAUCUGGUGCAUGCGUCGGCUAGCCACGUUCAUGCCUGUGAGUGGAACCCUGAUGCAGUUGAAGCACUACGAAAGAAUCUUGAGGCAAACGGGGUGUCAGACCGGUGCACCAUUCACCAAGGAGACAAUCGACAACUCGCACUGUGUGAUCUUGCUGACCGGGUGAACAUAGGCCUCAUACCGAGCUCUGAGGACAGCUGGCCUGUCGCCUGUCGUCUGCUGAAGAGAACAACUGGUGGCAUUUUACACAUCCACCACAACGUCACGUCACCGUUACCCAACAGAGCAGUCAGUGCAGUCACGAGCAAUGCCGAUGCACAGUUCCCUACUGACAGAGAGGCGUGGCAGGCCUGGGCUAGUGACACUGCAAACCGAAUCACAUCUCUGUUAAAGGACAUCACUGGUGCAGCGUGGGUAACCAACAUCCAGCACAUUGAGCGUGUCAAAUCAUACGCACCUCAUGUUCACCAUGUGGUGCUGGACCUGGAGUGCAGACCAUACUAAAUAGUUUUUAUUUUAUUAUAAUUUAAUUAGCUGCUGCCAUAAUCCAAACUUUUCCACAUCAGCCAAACAGCAGCAGCUGAUUUCUGUUAUUUCAGUACUGUAAAGCCUGUUUGUCCAGGGCAGGUUUGCACUAAAACUCUUGUGUAGAAACACCCUGCCUUACUCAUAUUUACAGUACCACUGUAAGUGUUAUACCAUGACAUCCAC